CAUUCGCCAAGAUUCAGCGUUAUUAUUAAAAUUAUUUUACGUCUAUUAAUUUUUAUCCGCACGGUGCGCGAUGUAAGAACGUUCCAAGACACCUCGGGGGAAAAAAAAACAAAGAGAAGAAACGCGCGGAGAGGCUAAGUCUCGUCAUAUGUUUGCGUUAGUGUAAGACUAAAGCAACAUGGCUUCUGUGUGCACGGUGCUGGUGCCGAUAGAUUGAUUUUGAAUCAGAUGCAUACAUUGUGUCGUCCGCUUUGAAAUAAUCCAGACGGGAUACACACGCACGCGAACGUGCCACCUUCGGAUACAAGUCAACCGUACUCUCUGCUGUCGUCCACAUACGAUUGUCAAUAACAUCGAGGGGGGACCCGGUCGACGGGUAAAGACCGUCGGUAUGGAGCAUAAAAUGGAGCAUAAAAUUCCAUCUGGUAUCCUCGACGAUCUCAGCAGUCGAUUCAUCAUCAAUGUGCCCGAGGAGGAGAGGAAGGAUCUGGUGCGAAUUUGCUUUCAAAUCGAAUUGGCUCAUUGGUUUUACCUCGACUUCUACUGCACGGAGGAGUAUCCUAAGCUGAGGUCGUGCGGCAUGAAGGAGUUCGCCACUCACAUAUUUCAGCAUAUACCAUUCUUGAAGCCGCACGUGCAGCACAUUGAUACCGUGCUAGAGCAAUGGCGAGAGUACAAGCAGAAUGUGCCGACGUUUGGGGCGAUUGUGCUGAACGAGGACAUGACCAGGGUGCUGCUGGUGCAGAGCUACUGGGCGAAGAACAGCUGGGGCUUUCCCAAGGGCAAGGUGAACGAGGAUGAGGAGCCGUUUCUCUGCGCCAUUCGCGAGGUGUUGGAGGAGACCGGUUUUGAUAUAUCCAAUUUGAUAGAUAAAACCGAAUACAUAGAAUCAGUGAUAAACGAUCAGACAGUGAGAUUGUACAUUAUUUCGGGUGUGCAAAAGGAUACGAAGUUUCAACCAAAAACACGGAAAGAAAUCAAGAACGUCGAGUGGUUCGCCGUGGCGGACUUGCCCAACACGAAAAAGGAUAUGACCCCUAAAAUGAAGAUCGGCGUUGGGCCAAACGCAUUUUUCAUGGUGGUACCGUUCGUCAAGCGAAUAAAGCGGUGGAUUCAAGAGAAACAGCAACGUGAGAAAAACGCCAUUGCGACUGUACGAAGACAACGGCAUAAAUCGUUGGGAGAUGUCGAGACGGUUUCGAAGAGCAGCAACAAACGGCAACAGCAGUCGCUUUUCCACCAUUUUUCUACUUGCCCGCCACAAAGCGAAGUUCCUGAUUUUAAGAUUGGCCGUCAAUCAAACACUUCUCCGGCCCGUAAUCGCCGUGGUGUAAAUGACAAUAAGAAAGACGCACCGAAAGCAGCAUUUAAACGGAAUUUAUUCGGAGACCAAGAGGAAGAUCAAUCACCUAUCAUUAAACAAUUAACCGACAGCCCUGCUCAACCGUACUCAUUUCUAAUUGAUCCUGCAAUUCAGUCAAUUAAAUAUAAUGAUUUUAAUUACAAAGCGCAACCAUUGGAAAAAGAAGUAAAAGGUACAUUAUGUUUGCUUACGAUCUAA